GCCAAACAGAAAACAUAGAAAAAGAAAACAAAUAUUAGUUAUCAUACCUCGACUUGAGUUUGACAGUUUUAUUAUUCGUGAAAUUUUAAUUUAACAUAGCUCUAAAGUAAAUUAUUCAACCAUGUAAUAUCUUAUUUUUAUUGUAAAAAUGUCCGAAAGUCGAAAAUUAUGGGGCGAAAUCCCCAAACCCUCUAAAAGUCAAGAGCCAACAAUGGAAAAUCAGCCACUGCCUAAAAGAGAGAAUUUGCUGGUCGAUGUUCCUCUUAAGUGCACUCCCCUGCCAGGACCGCAGCCUAAACAAGAAAAUGACGAUUGGGCCAAAUUAGACGAAAAUGUCCUGACCGCAAUUCAAUGCCUGGAUGUUGUAAGACAGAUGGGUCGAGAAUCAGAGCUUUCAGAAAUAUUGGUCCAGUUGCAACGGGAGGACGAAAAAAUAAUUCCAUGGAAGCGGAGACGGCGGCAUUCGAACGAAGAUGUUAAACCGAAUAUACAUCCCAGUGAAGGCAUCGAUUCCGAAAUUUGCAGAAAGGUCACAAAAAAAGCUGUAACUGCACUUGUAGCCCAUAGCGGCUGUCAUUACGCAAAGGAUUCCGUUUUAGAAACGCUAACAGAUGCUGCCAAGCACUUUAUAUUUAGCAUGGGCUUGCAGCUUAGCCACCGAAAGGCAAAUCAAUCGCCUGAAUCUGCAUUGAUGGAAACAGGUAUUGGCACCAUGGCUGAUCUUUUAAACUAUUAUGAGGAGCGUGUGAUUGUGUAUCGCCUUAAUUUAGAAGCCGCCAUUCAAAAACUUCAAGAGAAUCCUCUCCCACUUCCAGUGCCCCAAGAGGAAGAGACCGCAGUCGAGAUUCAUUUUCCUGCCGGCAGUGAGGAAAUGCAGUCUUCUCUUGAGACUGGUUUGCAGAUGCUUCUGAGUAUGGAGGAGGGGCUCGAGUAAAAAUUUAAAAAGAAUGAAAUAAUAAUGUUUAACGUAUAGACUUAAAUGUACAUCGUUUAAUUUUCAAUUACGUGUUUUGAAAUCCUACAGUGUUGAAGAUCAUGAUUUUUACAUUUUUUCUAUCAAAAGCACCACAAGAAAAAUGAAAAUUGUAUGUAAAUAACUGAACAGAAAUUGUUUCGAUUUUUGCACAUAAUAGUAAUAAAGAUGAGUGCAAUACGUAGAAAUAAUACAAUUAAUUACGCUUCAUGACCUUGGAGACUCUUCCUGCAACUUCUUAACAGACAUCUCAAAUAGCUUGCUGGGAUCGCAAAAUCCUUGCUUCGUCUUACCAAAGGAGUUUGGCCCGGAUGAUGUGGGAGUGUCCCUAA